UCUCCAUUUCAUUCAAUAUAUGCCCUCCAGCGUUUACAAGGUGUAUGGAUUCCUCUAGAAGAAAUUCUUGUGGUUGUCUGCGCAACCACUCAUGCACUGCCUGAACCCCCUUCAUCAGAACAGAACUUACUUCCUCCAUCGCCUCUUUCAGUGGCUAAGACAUAUGGUAAUCACUUGGGGCUAGGUCUGGUGUUUAAUCGGGAGCUGGAUAGUUUGAAGAUUGAGACUGUGCAGAAGGAGACUAUUCAUCCUCGUAAAUCCUACAAGAUGAACUCUUCGUGUGCUGAUAUCCUCCUGUUUGCAGCAUACAAGUGGAAUGUCUCGAGGCCGUCCCUUCUAGCUGACUCAAAGGACACAAUGGACAACACCACAACGCAGAAGUAUUGGAUUGAUGUGCAGCUUCGGUGGGGUGACUAUGACUCGCAUGACAUUGAGAGAUACGCUAGAGCAAAGUUCCUGGACUAUACAACAGAUAAUAUGUCCAUCUAUCCAUCUCCUACAGGAUUGCUCAUUGCCAUUGAUUUGGCAUACAGUUUAUACAGUGCAUAUGGAAACUGGUAUCCAGGCUCCAAACCAGUGAUCCAGUGUGCCUUGGAAACAAUUAUGAAGGAAAAUCCAAUUUUGCAUUUGCUGAGGCAACGGAUCAGGAUGGCUCUGAAGCAGUACCCUUUAGGGCCUUCUGAACCAGACCUGUCAUAACUGAACUGCAAAGAGAUCUUUUCCCUUCAGAUCAUCUGGUGAGUUGAGAAGAUGAGAUGGAUGGCAUAAGCACACUAGAGUACUUAUAGCCUUGUCCUGUUAUUCUUUGUUUUCUAAAUCAGUUUCUGUCAGAGGCGUUCAUUUUGUGUCGUGCUCUUGAUUCUUGCACUCCUGUAUCUGUACAGUACUUUGUUAUGUCCAAGUAAGGCUCCAUAGUAACACACAGUGACACAUCAGAAUCUUAAAGGAAUGCAUCCUUUUAUGUUAUCACUGUCUACAUAUAUAUAUAUAUAUUGUC